AUGGCCAGAUUUUGGGCGACAUGCGCCCUGCUUGCCAUUAUCUCCUCAGCAUGGGCGGACAAAACCGCAGCUGAUUACUUUGUGCAUUCGCUGCCAGGACAGCCAGAUGGCCCCCUCCUGAAGAUGCACGCAGGACAUAUUGAGAUUAACCCUGAACAUAACGGACACAUGUUUUUCUGGCACUAUCAGAACCGACACAUUGCCGACCGAGCACGAACCGUCAUCUGGCUCAAUGGUGGACCGGGAUGCAGCUCGAUGGAUGGGGCAAUGAUGGAGUUAGGCCCUUAUCGAGUAAGAGAGGGAGGAAAACUGGUUUAUAACGAGGGGUCCUGGGACCAAUUCGCAAACGUAUUAUUCGUCGACAACCCUGUCGGGACCGGCUUCAGCUAUGUGAACACUGACAGCUACCUCCAUGAACUGCAAGAAAUGGCCGACCAAUUUCUUGUGUUUAUGGAAAAGUGGUUUGCGCUAUUCCCACAAUACGAAAAUGACGACCUCUACUUCGCAGGCGAAUCAUACGCCGGGCAAUACAUUCCUUAUAUCACAAGGGCUGUUUUGGACCGCAACGCGAAAGUGAAGAAUCAGGGGAAGGGAACCUGGAACCUGAAAGGGCUUCUCAUUGGGAACGGUUGGAUUGCUCCGGCUGAACAAUACCUGUCCUAUCUCCCAUUUGCCUACCAGUCCCAUCUCAUCCAAGGCGGCACUCCCGAAGCAGCCAAAGUUGAGGCGGCACAGGCAUCCUGCCUCGCCGAACUCGGCAAGCCCGGUGCGACGGAAACGGUGGACAUCAGUGUGUGUGAGGUCGUUCUAUCCACAAUCCUAGAGGUGUCGAAGGUGGACAACAUGUGUUACAACAUGUACGACAUCACCCUCAAAGACAAGUGGCCGUCGUGCGGAAUGGCCUGGCCUCCGGAUUUGGAGACUGUGACGCCUUAUCUGCGCCAGGACGAUGUACUGGCGGCCCUACACGUGAACCCCGACAAGCGGACUGGAUGGGUGGAAUGUUCCGGGGCCGUUUCCUCUUCGUUCCGGGCUAGGCACUCGAAACCAAGUAUUCAACUGCUCCCGGGAAUUCUCGAGGAAGGCGUUCCAGUGCUAUUAUUCAGUGGCGCGAACGACCUGAUCUGCAAUCAUAUCGGAACAGAGGAUUUCGUCAACAACAUGCAGUGGCUGGGUGGUAAAGGAUUUGAGCUGUCUCCCGGUGUCAUAGCUCCGAAGCGCGAUUGGGAAUUCGAAGGGGAACCGGCUGGGAUAUACCAAGAAGCACGGAACCUCACCUACGUCAAAUUCUACAAUUCGAGUCACAUGGUGCCGUUCGAUUACCCCCGACGGACGCGAGAUAUGCUUGAUCGAUUCAUGGGAGUGGAUGUCAGUGGCAUUGGUGGGCAGCCUAUCGACAGCCUUAUUGGUGGUGAAAAGGUGGGCACGGAAACAGAGGUUGAGGCACCAGCCAACAGCACCACCACCACCACCACCACUGCCGAAGAGGAAAGUCAGAAGCUCAAAGACGCCGAACUCAAAGCCUACUAUCGCAGCGGCGAGGCGGCUCUGGUGUUUGUGCUCAUUGCUGCAGCUUUGUUUGGCUACUGGGUCUGGCGAGGAAGGCGAAAGGCCCGCAGCCAAGGGUACAUCAGCGUCCCACUUGCACAUGGCUCCAUGCGGAAAGGUCGGGGAGAUGUGGAAGCAGGGGAUUUUGACGAGAGUGAACUGGACGACCUGGAGUCGAGCCGGCGACAUGGGAACAUGGAAGCCCAGCACUAUGAUCUGGCGAGCGAUAGUGAGGAGGAAGACACAGUGGUUGCCAAGGGACAGCAAUCGGCUCCCAAGUAA